AUGGAUAAAGCAAUGAAUAUGCAACAAAAUACUAAUGGCGUGACGCGUGGUUCCGAUGCAUUCGAUGUCGUUAUCGUUGGAAGUGGUUUCGCCGGCUUAUUCAUGUUGCACGAGUUACGUAAACGAGGGUAUUCAACAAAAGUCUAUGAAGCAGCUGAUGAGAUUGGAGGUACUUGGAAUUUAAAUCGAUAUCCUGGCGCACGAUGUGACAUUGAAAGUAUGCAGUAUUCCUAUUCGUUCAGUGAUGAAUUGCAACAAGAUUGGCAUUGGUCUGAACGUUUCGCUCGGCAACCAGAAAUUCUUCGUUAUCUUAAUCAUGUCGCUGAUAAAUUUGACUUAAACAAAGAUAUUCAACUUAAUGCACGUGUGACUAGCAUGGUCUAUAAUGAAAAUCAAUCAAAAUGGACGAUAACAACCGAUCAUAACAAUCGUGUAUCUGCUAAGUAUUGUGUUAUGGCAACGGGCUGUCUUUCAGUUGCUAGAGACCCUAAAAUUGCGGGACUUGACCAAUUUAAAGGUAAUGUUUAUAGAACCACUAAUUGGCCGAAAAACGACGUCAGUUUCAUUGGUCGUCGAGUAGCUGUUAUCGGUACAGGAGCAUCAGGUGUACAGUGCAUUCCAAUGAUUGCGAAACAAGCUGCUCAUCUGUACGUGAUUCAACGAACACCAAAUUUCGUGAUUCCAACAGACACUAAACCUGUGGAUGCUGAAUACGAGAAAGAUUGGAAGUCUAAUUACAAUCAGCGUCGAUCUCAAAUGUUGCAGUCACCUGGUGGUAUCUUCUACGAUUACGACGAUGACGCUUUGCGCGUAAACAUGACUGACAGAGAACGAUUUGAGAUCGCAUGGCAAAGAGGAGGUCUUUCGUUUUUCACAGCAUUCAAAGGUCGGUUGACUGAUAAUACUAUCAAACAAACAAUAACUUGUCUAAUUCAUGAAAAAAUACGCGAAAUCGUUAGAGAUCCUGUACUUGCCGCUGCUUUAUUACCGUACGACCAUUUAUUUGGUACGAAACGUCCUUGUGUUGCUGGUGAAUAUUAUGAUACAUUUAAUCUCAAAAAUGUUACACUGGUCGAUAUCCGUCACACAACUAUCGAUAAAAUUACAGCAAAAGGUAUUCUAAUCGACAAUAAACUCUACGAAAUUGAUGACCUUGUUCUCGCUACCGGGUUCGACGCAGUAAUUGGAUCUCUACUCAAUAUCGAUAUUCAAGGUCGGUCAAAACAAACACUUCGCGAGAAAUGGUCAAUCAGACCACGGACAUUACUCGGCAUCAUGAUUGCCGAUUUUCCAAACCUGUUUACUAUAACUGGACCCGGUAGUCCUAUUAACUUGAGCAAUAUGAUUCCUCAUAUUGAGGAAAACGUCAAAUGGAUAAUUAAAUGUAUUGAUUAUCUGAACACGCAUAAUAUUGAUAGUAUAGAAGCUAAAAUCGACGGGCAAAAUGCCUGGAUGGACCAUGUCGAUUUAGUUGCUAGCCAGCUGUCAUAUUCCGCAGACAGUUUUGCCGGCAAUGACUCGAAUAUUUUAAUCAAACCAAGUUCUUGCAUGCGUUAUGCUGGUGGUCUUCAUAACUAUUUGAACAUGUGUGAAAAAGUGACUGCCAAUGGUUAUGAGAAAUUUUUUUUGCUCAAACGAUCUAAAUGA